UAUCGAUAGAAAUGGUUGGGCAGAUGAAUGUGAGGUACUUUAGGGCAUUAGUGACAGUUAUAACGGUGAUUGUGACGGUGGAAAUGAGUGGCGGCGCCACCAGCUCCUCCCCGAGCCCAUCGGAUUGUCGAAAGGAGAGAACGGUGGCAAUCAUGGCCUGCAAACCGGUUGUUUAUGGAAUGCCUCCAUCUCCUUAUUGUUGUCACCGGGUAAGAGUUACCCAUGUUGAUUGUGUAUGCCCCGAGAUUACGCCCAAGUUGGCGGCGCUUAUUGAUGUCGAGAGAUCUGUUCAGCUCAUUGAAGGUUGUGGCCGAAGAGUUCCUCACAACUACAAAUGUGGAAGUAUCAUCACUCCUUAAAGAUUGAUCAAUUUGUGCAUCAUGGAUUGAUGAGUGGAGAACUAGCUAUAGAGUGUUUCAUUUAAGAAUUUGUUGUCAUAGUAGUAAUUAAUUAGAAUUUGGGCCGGUUUGGAUUUGACACUUUUAAGAACGGAAUUAUAGAUAGACCACUUUUUAUUUUAAUAGUGCAAAUCAUUUCAAUUUGAGUGUCGUUUUCAUUUCAUUUCAUUUUCUAAAACAAAAUUAUGUAAUAUCGUAAACUAUACGGUAAAAGGAUAUUUAGUGGGUUUACCUACUAACAUAUAUAUCUUUUCUAGAAU